UAUGAUAUACCAGGGAGGGAAUACACUGGACUUUGUACAAUCAUUGUGAAAAAUGACUGAAAUUUCUUUCGUAGUUGUUAGAUGCUAAGUGGUUGCCGUUGUGUGUAGGAGGUGCUGAGGAGUUGUUUGGCAAGCCCUCUACUAGGGGCUCAACCACGAGUGGCUCACUAUUCCAUGACAGCGAUGACAACCUCUCCUCAAGCAUAUCAGUUCCUAAGAAGGAGGAGAAACUAGAGUCACUAUUUGAGGAUGAUGAUGGAGACUUAUUUGGAGAAAAAUCAUCUCUGUCAGCAGACACGAAGAAGCUGCCAGUAAGUGCAGUAUCCACGUUUGGCAAUGCACAGAACCCGUUUGCUGCGAGCAUUAAGAGCCACGGUCCACCCAGUGACGAGGAUGAAGAUGAGGAGGAGGGCAUGAAGACAGGUGAGGCACCACCCAGUAGCAAGAUGGGCCGCUCAAACAGCCAGACGAGUAGCGAGAAGAAGAGCAGCACGCCACUCUCUGCCUCGAGCAACAGUUUGUUCGCAGAAGAGCCGGAAGCAGACAUGUUUGCUACCGUGCCACCCCCGCUGACGCGCGAUAGGAAGUCGAAGGUAAAGCCUGGCGGCAUGGCGCUGUUUGAUAAUUCGGAUGAGGAAGAGCCUGCCUUGUUUAGCAUAGCAGGAGAAAAAAUAGGGAAACCAGUAAAAUCAAGCCCUAUCGUUGAUACACAACAUGUGAGGAAGCCGCCCAAGGUCGCGUCAAAAACUUUCGCAAUGCAGUUGCCGGUUGAGGAAGAGAUGCAGGAUGCAGAGGUUAACCAGCCACCAGGGAACAUCUCUAGUAGUCGAUCGUCAUCAGAGGAGCCUUCUUCCUCCUCAUCGUUUUCUGGAAGCCCCAUCCGUAAAAAGCCGGUCGGUGGGGUAGCCUUGUUCGAAGGGUUAGACCCUUUUGCUGGCAUGAAGAGAAGAAAGCAGUCGGAUAAUGAAGAAGGUAAGAUACAAGAUAGUGUGAGAAUUGUGUGGUGAGUGAUUCAUGUUGUUAAAGACGGUCUAUGAUGGUAGUUCCGAUGAUGAUGAUGCAUAUAUUGAUGAUGAUAGAAAACUACACCAUGUUUCUUGUAUCGAAACUUAAUAGUGAGGAUACCACAUACUAUUAAUGUUUUCAGGCACUUAUUGAGUUAUUGAGUUUAAGGUCAUUUUUAACCUUAUUCAAUGGCCAACACUAUGUGCCACACUCUUCCGGUAAUGGCGGCGUGGUGUUAGAACGUGUUUCACAUCGGCUCCUCAAAUAUCAUCAGAAAGUUAAAUGAAAACUGUAAGGUGCUGAGCUAGUAUGCAAAGAAAAACUUGCCCGAGAGACACGCCAACGAUAAGAACCUAUUUUGGAAUGCGGACGAGCUCUAGAAGUGCCGAAAGAAUAAAUAUCUCCGGCUACGACGACCCACAAGCAAAUCUCGUGCACAACAUGGCCGAAAAUAUGGCGAGCGAGGCUGAGAAAGAACCUACAAUGAUGGAUAUUGUCAACUUGAUAAAAAGCUUAGACAGUAAAGCAAACAGUCUAGACAACAAACUGACGGCGGAUUUCGAUGGACUAAACGCCAAUAUAUCGAAACUUACGGACAAAGUUGAGGCUCUAGAACUCGAAAUCGACUUUGUGAAAAAAAUGCAAAAAGACGACGGCGCAAUGAUACAAAAACUGAAGGAAGAAAUUGAGGAACUCAAGUACUCACUGCUCUCG